AUGACACAGACGAGACGAAAGAAGAAGUGCGUUCGCUUCCUCACCGACGCCGAGUACGAUGAGGCGGUGCAAUCCGGCAAGCUGCGAUCCGACCCUUCCUCGCCCUCCAACGGCGGCGGUGACGCUGCUGCUGCCUGCCUUGGAGGCAGCGGGGCAGCCGGUCUGAACGUCUGCACUAAAGAGCUCCACUGGAAUGACUCCAAUUUCAGCCAGUCACGGCAGCAGCAACAGCAACGA